GCAGCUGCUCCGGCGGGACCGAAGCAGGACCGCGGGCCGGGGCCUGGGCCCUCCGCCGCCGCCGCCUUUGCUGCCGUCGCCCCCAGCUCCGCACUCCCUUGCUCGGGCCCGCGGCCGGGGCCGCCCCCAUGCCGAAGAUGAAGGCGCUGCAGUGCGCCCUGGCGCUGGAGAUCCGCUCAGUAUCUUGUCCACGUGUACAGCUGAAAGACAAGGAGGACGUCUACCUCAGCGUUUGUGUGUUUGGCCAGUACAAAAAGACACAGUGUGUCCCUCCUAUCUUUCCGCUGGUCUUCAAUGCCAGAAUGGUGUUUGAAAAGGUGUUCCCUGAAGCCAUAGAUCCAGGAGAUGUUGUAGCACAACUUGAAUAUGACACAGCAGUAUUUGAGUUGAUACAGCUUGUUCUCCCAGUGGGUGAAACGCUCUCUACAUAUGAGGAGAACACAAGAGACUUCAUGUUCCCGGGUCCAAAGCAGAUGUCUGGACACCAUGAUUCAAACCGCCAAGUGAUGAUGCAAAGAAUUUCUGGCAUCAGGGGAGGAACCUGGUGCUUGAAGGAGAUGUAUUUCUCUUCUUCUGGAGAGAGGCAGGAGACAUGGUGUGAUGGACUCACUCCUCUACCCCAGGGACUUGCUCCAAAGAUGGAAUUUUCUACCACUUCUGUGAUCACAGAGUGCCUGAUCAGCUCAAGGAAGUGUCGGGGCCUCCAGGGCUGGGCUAGUCCUCCAUCGACAAAGCCACAGUCUGUGGCUGGGGCCAAAGUCGAAGCCUUCCAUCUGCAGGCUCAGGAUAAACCAUCAUACCAUGCCGCCUCUCUUGAAAGGAGCCAUGGUCGGAUGCAAAUCAGAGGGCCGUCAAGAUCGUCCAAGAAGAAAUCCAGGUCCCCCGAGAGGCACAAGUACUGCUCUAACCCACGGAACUAUGAGCAGCCCACCAUCUCGUCCAAGUCCCACUCCCCGUCCCCGUAUACCAAGAGGCGGAUGUGUGAGCUGUCUGAGGACACCAGGCGGCGGUUGGCUCAUCUCAACCUGGGGCCCUACGAGUUCAAAAAGGACACUGACAAACCUCCCUUUGUCAUCAGACAUGCUGACCCCCCAAGCCCCAAGCCUGAAAUUCUUCUCGGACCUAAUGGCAGAGAACCUUCAAGAGAAGGAUGGUGCAAGUUGCACAACGAGCUGAAGAAGCUUGUGAAGGGCAGCCAAGGCCACCUGCGUACCUUCUCUGCAGUACUCCCCAGAAUUGCCAUCCAGACACUGACAAAAUGGCAGACUAUGAAGAUUCAUUCGACAACAUCUAACAUGCACAUACAAAGUGUGUGCGGCAAGAUACUGGACGUUGGGAGAGCGACAAAGCAUCAUACUCAUCUGGGCAGCUACCGAUCCAAGGACUAUAAGAUUACCAAGCCAUCUCAUGGAAGAGAUCGGGAAGACUCUCUUGACAGGUGUGAAGAAUAUAUUGCCUCAAGGCAGGCUAGGCCACACCACACAGACAGGGCUCUCUUGGUCCACUCUGCACCUUCAUCGAUGCAGAAACGCUCUCCUAGCCCUGUGCUCAAUCAGUCGACUCUCAGGGAAAGAUAUCAUUCAGAUUGGUGCUCACCUUCAAACUCCGAUGAAAUACAUGAGCGGGUAAAAAAUGUAUUGAAAUCACACGGGGUUCAUCAAAGAUGUCUAUAUGAUGAGAGAGACCAGGAAAAAGAUGAGGAGCUGGACCUGAAAAGAAGUUUUGCAUAUAAAGACUCUGUCUGUGAUAGCGAUCCAGAAUACAGUUCCGUAUAUAGGCCACGUGCCUUGGUCCACUUGGAUAAUGGCGAGUACUGGUCCAACCGAGCAGCAGCAUUUAAAGCAAAGUCCCAUCGAGGCAACUUUGAGAACAGCAUGGACAAGAUCUAUAGGAACUUGUACAGGAAAGCCUGUGGCUCCAGCACGCAAGAAAGCUUCUGAGGACACCCGCCCGUGCCUGCUUCUCAAUGAAAUCUGUUACUAGAACCACGUCUGUCUGCUUUCUGCCGGCCCAGGACGCGAGGGGCCUGAUGGGGGGCUGGAGCCCAGCCAGUGCGCCCCUCGGAGGGAGGGGCCUGAUGUGGGGGCGGGCCAGUGCUCCCCCUCGGAGGGAGGGGCCGAUGGGGGGCUGCCAGUGCCCCCCUUCUGGGAGAAGGGCCCGAUUCGGGGGGGCGGCCAGUGACCCCCUCAGGGGGAAGACACCCCCACCCCGGCCAGUCGCGAUCCUGGGCGUUGUGCUGCGCUCUGGCUAGCGCCUCCCUCCUCUGUCCAAGUCCCCUGGGGCAGGGGCUGUGGAUGCUUGAAAAACACUUCCUUGCCUCUGCCCUUGUCAGGGUCGGAACGACCUCCAGGUAAGAAGUGCGGACCCCAGUUAUG